GACCCAAUCGAACACCAUUCUUCCUCACCACAACAACACUUAAGCUCUACUAAGGGGAGAGGAGAGAACACGAUGGCGUCCCUCCCCUCUUCUUCCGUCCUCCUCCCUGUCCUCAUCCUCAUCCUCGUCGCUGCUGCGACCGACGCGGCGACCUUCACCGUCAUCAACAAGUGCCAGUACACGGUGUGGGCGGCGGCGGUGCCGGCCGGCGGGGGCAGGCAGCUGGACGCGGGGCAGACGUGGAGCAUCAACGUGCCGGCCGGCACGACGGGCGGGCGGGUGUGGGCGCGCACGGGGUGCAGCUUCGACGGCGCCGGCAACGGGCGGUGCCAGACGGGCGACUGCGGCGGCAAGCUGCAGUGCACGCAGUACGGGCAGGCGCCCAACACGCUGGCCGAGUUCGGGCUCAACAAGUACAUGAACCUCGACUUCUUCGACAUCUCCCUCAUCGACGGGUACAACGUGCCCAUGUCGUUCCUGCCGGCCCCCGGCUCCCCCGGGUGCCCCAAGGGCGGGCCUCAGUGCCCCAGGGUGAUCACGCCGCAGUGCCCCAACGAGCUGCGGGCCGCCGGAGGGUGCAACAACGCGUGCACGGUGUUCAAGGAGGACCGGUACUGCUGCACCGGGUCGGCGGCCAACAACUGCGGGCCGACCGACUACUCGAGGUUCUUCAAGGGCCAGUGCUCCGACGCCUACAGCUACCCCAAGGACGACGCCACCAGCACCUACACCUGCCCCGGCGGCACCAACUACCAGGUCAUCUUCUGCCCAUGAUCGAGCUAAAACUAGGCAGCCAUUGAAGCGGUCUCGAUCGAGCACACAGAAAUUGCUAAAAAGAUUUGAGAGGGCUAUUUACUAUAUUUUCCAAGUCCAACCGAAUAUACAUCAAAUUUCAGUAAACAAGGGAUAAAAUAUCACAAUCGUCAGCCACAUGCAUGCAUGCUCUUGUAGAUAUCUACUAGAUGGCCACAUUGCCCAAUUGUAGAUAUGCCGUGCGACGUCGGCGUAACAAGUAUACGUACUAGUAGGAGGCCAGCUAGCACUGGAUCCAUAUCUUCUUGAGAGCUCCAUCCGCAUCCAAUACUCAAUGCCAUUCAGUUGACGUAGAAUAAAUGGUCACACGGGCCAGAAGACGCCGCCGAUAUUGAACGGCUGGCUGGAAGAUAAUGCAACGACUCUUGGAAAAAUCCUUGUAGAAGCUAUCCUUGUUUGACCAAUUAUGAUACAGUGUAUCCACGGGCUGCGUACUUCCACACGCGGUAUUUCUACGUGUUCUCUUGUCUUGUUUC